AUGGACUUUGUGCCACGGCCAAAAGGGUCUCAGUCGGAUCAGGUGAAUGUUCCCCUUCUCGAUGGUAUACUGUACGAGAUACCACAGCCCGGCGACCUCGAGAAAAGUCUCAAAAGAGCCGAGGCGGGAGCUGACUGUCCCUCAUCUCCCACUGAAAUUGCCUUUUAUAUCCAGUCACGAUUUUUCUUUGGACUAUUGGCCGAAUAUCUGGAAAAUGAAAACCUUCAAGUGGAAGAAUUUGUGAAACAGAUUAAUGGCCAUGCUGGCCGCUUCGUAUGCCUCAGCAAAGUCGCCAGCAGCCUCUUUGGCGUACACGAACGCUGCCAACUCUACGACGCCACGUCCAAAAUCAAUUUCUGGGACAUCUUACCGCGGACUAGGUCGCAAGUCCUCAGACUGGAGAGCCUUCCUAACGGGGAUAUUAGCCCCGUGCCAGAGGUAGUCCUGUCUACCCUGGUUCUUUGCGAUGCUUUCUAUGCUCUGGCUUUGGACGAAGAAGAGAGCAGAAAUUAUCCUCGAGAUAGCGGAAAAGAAAUGAUUUACAACAAUCCGUUACAAGAUGCAUAUCACCAUAGCCAGUUGCCAUGGGUUGCGUCAUUAGAAAAUGUGAACAACAAGUCAAACAUACGCGAUAGCGUACGACCUUCCCUGCUGCUGAUCAUCAACCGCCUUAUCUCUAAUGGAUGGUGCCCUUCUACUAUCUGGGCUAGUGCGAGAAGCGUUGGAUAUUUGACUCUCUACUACAUGUCACAGAUCAAACGACCUCUCUCCUCCGAGUUGAACCACGAAGGCUGUACAGGGCUAGUAUGUAGGGCGGCUGCCCGGUUUGGGGUCCCAGAUUAUAAAUCUUUGCAACGCCCUUCGCAUUAUCGUGAUCUUAUAAGCUGCGCGCCAGUCUCAGAAAACGUUCCAAAAGAAUCCAAACUCAACUUUGAGCCACAACACGUUAGCGAGGAGUGCAGAUGCUCCACGAAAUCCUUGCCAAUUCAGGAUGUCAUUGACAUACUUUUGCAAAGAAAAAUCCCGUUGGUCAAAUUCAAGAGAACCGAACAUGGUGGUUGUGCGGAUAUCGAAAUUGUUCGUUUGCAAAAGUGGAGAGCAGAUACAUUGCUGUCUCUCAUGUCUGGUCAGACGGCCUAG